AUGGCCAACCACUCACAACUCGGGUUCCAAGACGCAUCAUCCCCAAUCAUAGAAGAAUUAGUAGAAUUCCACGACCAUGCCCUAAUAGUCGCGCUAGCAAUCUGUAGCUUAGUUCUUUACCUACUUACUCUCAUAUUAAUAGAAAAACUAUCCUCAAACACCGUAGAUGCACAAGAAGUAGAACUCAUCUGAACAAUCCUACCAGCCAUCGUCCUCAUCCUCCUUGCGCUCCCAUCCCUACAAAUCCUUUACAUAAUAGACGAAAUCGAUGAACCCGACCUAACUCUAAAAGCCAUCGGACAUCAAUGAUACUGAUCAUACGAAUACACAGACUUCAAAGAUCUUACAUUCGACUCAUACAUAAUCCCCACCACAGAACUACCACCAGGCCACUUCCGACUACUAGAAGUCGACCACCGCGUUGUCAUUCCCAUAGAAUCCCCAAUCCGUAUCAUCGUCACUGCAGGAGACGUCCUACACUCCUGGGCAAUCCCCACUCUGGGAGUAAAAACCGACGCCAUUCCAGGUCGACUAAACCAAACAUCAUUUAUCACUACCCGACCAGGAAUCUUCUACGGUCAAUGCUCAGAAAUCUGCGGAGCUAACCACAGCUACAUACCUAUUGUAGUAGAAUCUACCCCCCUUGCCCACUUCGAGAGCUGAUCCUCAUUAUUAUCAUCCUAA